AUGAAAUUCAACCUGAUCAGUGCUACUUAUCUCUUCACUUUAUUUUUUAUCAUCGCCACUCAUUUAGAAGCUAUGAAAAUGAAUACGGAUAGUUUAGAUGAAUCAAGUUUCAAUAAAAGAGCUUAUCACUUUUUCCGCCUGAAAAGGUCACCAAAGUGCUUCGGUAUUCCAGAUGAAAUUAAACAAAUGAUAACCAGGGAUCCUUACAUCAUUUGCCAAGAGGAUCGAGAUUUCCUGGGAUUGUAA